UGCCUGUACUUGCAGUUAGAAGUCGGCAUUGGAACAAUUUGAGGAUUUGGUUAAACUGAAUAAUGGAUGCCACGGAUCAGGAACACAAGGGAGGGAGUAGUAAGAAUCUAAGGGUGCAUUUUGAUGUUCCCUCCAAAGAAGUUGACCCCGUCGUUGCUCAUCAAAAAAGUCCAGGUUCGUCUUCUUCAUCAUCAGCUUCUUCGAUGGAAGUAGAUGCUAUUGAUCAGACAUUCUUUAAUGGCCCUCCUUUUGAAUCUGAAAAAGAUCGUAGCCUUGAGAUGGAAGGACCCACAUCACCGGCUGAUCAUCUUCUUUCUACUCCCUCUCCUGUUUGGAGCAAUCAAAGUGGAUCAGGUACACAAUCUCCUUCGAUGCCGGCGCCGACAGGGCGGCCAGCAGGCUAUGAUCCAAAUCGGAUUCCAUCUUCCGUGUUUUCUUCCAAAUCCACAACGCCUAUGGAAUGGAGCGUCGCCUCGAAUGAAUCGUUAUUCAGUAUUCACAUCGGAAAUAGCAGCUUCUCAAGAGAUCACUUUAUCAUGUUCAACAAUAAAUCUGGAGAGUUGGCGAGGACGGAUGAAUUGAUGGCUGCUACGGCUACCCUCCCCCGCCUUACCGCAUCAGGCCACGAUAAAAGCAAGACUAAUGCUGAUAUGGCAAUAGAAGCAUCAGAUGAUACCACCCUUGCCGAUUGGAGGGGAUCUGUAAAAGAUGACAACAAGGGAAGAGGUUCUCCUGCUGAUCAGGAUGUCGGAUUCUACAAUACUAUCUCUUACCGGUCUGAUGAGAGCAAUACCAGCACCCGCUCCUUUCAUUUCCCAUUUUUUGCAGGUGAUAGUGGAUUAAAUAGCCCUGUGGCGCUGGACUUGGAAAUGCAGUACCCGCGGCAGCAGCAGCAGCAUCAAAACCCUCGAAUGAGCUCAAAGCCUGCUAGAACCAAUUGGUUUUCUUGCUUCUAUUGUUGCCCACGAUGCUGUUGAUCGAGAGCGAAUUUUCCAUAUAAAUAUUGUUCUAUAAAGAUCAGGGAGCGAUUUUCCCACUUCUCUCUUUCUCAUACAAGAUUUGAAAUUAAUU